AUGCAUAAUAUGGACUCUUUAUUGGAGCAAGAGAAACACUUUCGAUUGAAUGGUGAAAAGGAGCAAAGUACUCGUAUUCUUCAGGAACUAGUAGAUCAUAGUUUGCCCCAGGGUUCUGAAUCUCUUUUAGAAACGAUUAGACUAAUGGGUAGACGAAAAGGCCAGAUUAAAGAAGCCUUUGAAAAGAUGAUACUUUAUGCCUAUGAUAAGAUGCUUAAACAGACUAAUACUACACUUUCUCUUUAUUCUUAUCGUGAUACACCUUUAAUUGAUAUUAAAGAAGCCUAUUCUACUCCAGCUAGCACUACGGCUAAAGAUACGCCAUUCUUGCAAUUCCUGCAGACUCUGCUUAGUACGGUUAUUGAGGGUAAGAUAUACUUGGAAGGUUUGCGUGUCUUAGUUACUGAUGCGAUUAAGCAAAUCUAUUUAUCACAAGGAGAUAUUCAACAAGGUUUACUUAGUAUCUAUAAUGUUAAUGUUGAGACUUUCUCUUCUUUACCGGUUGAUGAAGUUCUUAAGUAUCAGUUGGAACAAAUGCGCUUAUCUAUUUUGGCUAAAGAUCAUGAAAAGGCUGGUAUUUUGGCCAAUCGAAUUAGUCAAAGACAGUUGCAAGAAGUGCCUAGUCUUAAACCGGCUUAUCUUAACCGGAUGAUUUUUGUUUAUCUGGGGAAAAAGGAGUACUUUAAUGUAGCGGCUAUCUUUCAAGAAAUGACGCAAUCAGAUGAGGAAAGUAGUAGUACACUUACUCAUUCGACUGCUCCGGCUUUUACUAUCUUUUAUGCCCUUCUUUCUCUCUUCCAUAGUUCGACUCCUUAUCUCUUACAGAAAAGUACGGAGCAUAAGCUUUGUUCUGAUGCCGCUCGGGUCUUAGGAGAGAAGUUCUUGGCUCGCCAUCUUAUUCAGCCUAGUGCUUUGUUAGCCGUACUUAACCAAUCAGAAAUCUUCCCAGAACUUAUCAAUUACCACCAAAAAGAGAUAGAAAGAACUAUUCUACAACAUAAUUUACGAGUAGUCUCUUCUUACUAUACUAGGAUUACUAUUCAGCGUAUGUCAGAAAUCUUUCAAAUGCCCGAAAAGGAAAUUACUGAUCUUAUCACAGAAAUGAUAAGAGCCAAACUUAUCAAUGCCGAAAUAGAUCAGAUUUCAAGUACGCUCACUAUUCAUUCUAAUCAAAAUGAACUAGCCGAAUGGACCAGUAGUAUUGAGAAGUGGCUUGAUCUCCUUAUAAAAAUAAGUCAUCGCAUCUCUAAAACCGAGCAAUGA